AUGUCUGCUGGUGGUGAAAAUUAUUAUAAAAUAAGUCAUGCCUUCGAGAGACGUCUGAACGUGCCGCUCCUUCCAGGGCUCGCUACGGUUGGGCGUUUUUUCCCAUCCAACGUGGAGUCUGCCGCGUCUCUCUCCGCCUCGCGUAUCCCGCGUCCGGCGCCCUGCCUGGCCUGCGCGAGCACCGGGCAGCGGGUGGUUUUACAUAAUAACAACACCAACACCGCCUUGACGAAGCGGUCGGCGAAGCUGGGCGAAUCCCUCUCUUCCCUUUCCGUGCCCGGUGAGGCGGUGGGGGGACCAAAGGGGGGCGGGGAGGGCUCCCUCCACCUCCUCAACUUCGGGAAGGAAGCGACGGGGCUCGCGGCCGGCCCCUUUGGCGCCCCCGCGGCCGUGCCGGGGCAGCCCCUGGAGGCCCUUCUCUUCGCCGCCGCGACGAGCCUCCUCGCGUACGACGUCGCGCAGGGGCGGGAGGUCUUCCACCGGGACGUCGAGGAUGGGGUCCGGGCGGUGGCCUGCCGCCCCACCGGGGAGGUCCUCGCUCUCGUCGGCUCCAACUGCAGCGUCUACGGCUUCGACCAGCAGGGCGGGGAGGCCUUUUGGGCGGUCACCGGCGACGAGGUCAGCGCGAUGGCGUUGCUGCGGUGGGGCGACCGUGACGACCCCCCGGCGCUGCUCGCCGCCUCGGAGGAUCACGAGAUCCGCGUCUUCGCCGGGGAGGAGGUCGUCGCGAGCCUCCUUGAGGCCGGGCGGGUUCGUCAGCUCGUGACCUCGACAAGAGGGUAUGACGGGCCCUCUUCCAGCACCUCCUCGCCGCCCCCUCCUGCCGGGCGCUUUGCCUAUCUUCUCGAUAAUGGCACCGUCGGGGUCUACCAGCACACCCAGCGGGUGUGGCGCGUGAAAAGUCAGCACGUACCGGUCUCCGCCGCCUUCUGUGACGUGGACGAUGACGGGGUGGAGGAGCUGGUGAUCGGUUACGAGAGCGGCCGCGUGGAGGUGCGCAGCGAUAUCCGGACUGGAAGUGGAAAUCGAGGUGGGGAGGUGCUAUACCGCGGCACCUACGCCGCUCCCGUUGCGGCUGUCCUCUCCGAAGACUACCGGCAGGAUGGCAGGCCCAUUCCUUUGGUGUGCACAGUGGACGGGGUCGUGCGGGGGCUGACGCUGCCGUCAUCGAAACUAGAGGAGGCAGAUGAAGUUAGGAAUACCCAGGUGCUCGCGUCGUUGGUGCAACAACAGCGGCUCCUGGAGACCCAACUAUCCGGCAUCGAGGAGCAACUGUCACUCCAACAAAAGGGGGAGCAGGAUCUAACACUUCCAGAGGCGGGACUACGGGUCGCCCACACGGCGCGCUAUCGGUGGGGUGGUAAAAUGUUGGAGAUUGUUCUCAGCCUUCACAAUGCCCCUGAAGACGCCGUUAUCCAGAGCUGUGUUCUGUGCACCGACAAUACGAAUCUCUCAAAAGAGGGAAGUGAUGCCGUCUGCUUCUACGCGGACAGCCCAUCCAGUUGCUUGGUCUGCCCGGUGGAGUACACCAAAAAUGUCGCUACUACGGUCAACGCACAUGUUUCGGUUGGCAGCGCGUUUGCUGCGAAUUACCAGGUUCACGAACUGUCCUUUCGGAUUCCGCCUUUUAUAGCUUAUCAACCCCGCGCGAUGCGGCCGGAGCAGAAUUCUCCAGCCCAGGCUCCUGUUCUUCCCUCACAACCUGCCGGGUAUGUAGAGAUGUCCUAUCGCGAAAAUCUACGAAUGGACGCUCUGGAGACGUGGCUUCGGGAAAACUUUUGCAUCCCGAACGGGUUCGCCCUAUAUGACCUAGAUAGUCCUGUCAAAUCGGCACUGCGCGCCGAUCUAGUGAGCGCACGCGGUGAUGGCUCGGUGGUGGUCGAAAUAAACAAUCCUGAAGGGGGUUACAAGACUAUCACGGUGCGCGCCGACUCCAUGGGGUGCUGCGCCGACGUGAUCGCAUCGCUGGGUGCGGAUGUAGUCGGUGGGGUUGCGGAACAGGGUGCCCACCCAUUCAAAACCGAGUGCGACUUCCCAGAAGAACUAGAACGGUUGAGGCAAGAGCUCCUGCGAGUUGAAGCAUUCGACGCUGCUCGUAUGAGGCUAGCCGCGGACAUGGCAAACGCGGCCACUACUGUGAAAACACUCCUCGUGCGUGCCGAGGACGCACGAUUGCUGGACGAUAUGGUGAACAUGAAAAAAGCCUACACCUCCCUCUACAACGUAAAUAGUGAGCUGCUAGAUGAGAACACAAAACGCUUAAACAACCAUAAGGAGCUCAAGGCUGCCUUAAACGAGGUUAAUUCCUUCAUUCAAUGGGCAGGAAAACUGCGUUUGGGCCCAGACAAGGUGAACGUCAUCGCAUUGUGUCGAAAUGCACUCAAGGAAUGGCGAAUUACUUCAUUGAUUGAAAUCAUUCGCUCCGGAUCUGCAUAA